GCGGGGACAGGGCACACAAACCGGUUGGGCCUCUCCAGCUGGGCCUGUGCUGACAGCAGGCGGUGGGGCCGGCACAUCAGCUCGGCUGGGCAGGGAGCCGGGGCUGCAAGACGGCCAUCAGGCCCCCCGCCGCCAUGCACAAACACUACACCGUCCACUUCACCAAGGGCGCCCUGCCCCUCCAGAACCCGACCGAGCACUACCUCUUGGACCCAGAGUUGGGGCGCCAAAAAGGAUGCUGUCACCAGUGGUGCCGUGACCCAGCGGCCCUGCAAGCUCACGGGCCCUGCCGGCUACCCCUGCCAGUGCACUGGCGACUGGCCCACCACAGCAACCAGGGGGGUGUCAGCAGCUGUCGCCGGGGCCCCCAGCCCCCCGUCCUGCGGCAGCAGCCCCAGCUCCCACCUCCCGGCUGCCUGUGGCAGCGGCUCUGCUUCAUUCAUGGGGCCCGGGAGGGGUUGCCUGCAAUUGCCGCUGCCCCCAUGCAACCGGCCAGCGCCCCCCAGCUGCCCCCUGAGCCCACCACCUCACGCACCAUGGCACCCACCAUGGCCAGCGGCGGCCCAGCCCUGCCUUCCGGAGUCAGCACCCUCCUGGAGUCCAGCAGGCCCACUGGCACCCAGCCCCUGACUACCCUGGAGUUCUUGAGCCCCUUCACCUCCUACAGCGCCGAUAUCUUGACGGAAGAUGAUGUCUACUGCAGCUGCCUGGCCAAGACCCUCUGCCACGUGCCGGUCCCUGUGACUGUGGGUUUCUAUGCCCACUUUGGCUGCCGCCUGCACAUGAUGCUGGACAAGAUCACCACGCUGAUGGAGCAGGAGGCCGCGCAGCGAGAGGCAGAGGAGCUGCAACGCGUGCAGUGGCAACCGCGGAGCGUGCGCGGCUGGGGCUUGCUGCAGCUGCUGUGGUACCUGGUGUUCCUGCAGCCCAUCAUAACCGAGUUGCACCUGCGGCGCAAGAACGUGAAGUUCCUCUUCAUCCGCUUCAGCGCCUGGCAGUAUGCGGGCACCGACAAGUUGUGGGCUGGCUUGGUGACCACGCUGUGCGAGGGCAUCCGCCACCAGUACGGCGCCCUGCCCUUCAGCGUCUACUCGGUGCUGAGCAACAGGCCGACCACGACGCCGGACUGCUGCCAGAGCGAGUGGCACUGCCGGCGCCGCGUGUGCGUGGCGCUGCUGGCGCUAAUGGGGGCGCUCUGCCUCGGCGUGUGCCUGCUCUACCUGUCGAUGGGAGGCCACGUGCUGGGCCGCAGCAGCGUCAACGACAGCCUGCUGCGGGCGUUCGGCGGCGCGGCCACCACACUGUCGGGUUCAGGAAUGCUCAUGGCCAUGUACUCGGUGGGCAAGCACCUAUUCGUGAGCCAGCGCAAGAAAAUCGAGCGGCUGGUGUCGCGCGAGAAGUUCGGCAGCCAGCUGGGCUUCAUGUGCCAGGUGAAGAAGGAGGUGGAGCUGCUCACUGACUUCCUGUGCUUCCUGGAGAUCUACCAGCGGUGCCGGCUGCGCGUGGUGCUCGAGGUCACCGGGCUCGACACGUGCUGCCCGGAGCGCGUGGUGGGCGUGCUCAACGCCAUCAACACGCUGCUGUCCGACAGCCACGCGCCGUUCAUCUUCAUCCUGGUGGUGGACCCCAGCAUCCUGGUCUCAUGCCUAGAGAGUGCCGGCUCCAUGAAGGGCACAGCCGACAACGGCUACCUCUUCCUUAAUCGCACCGUCACGCUGCCCUUCUCCGUGCCCAUGAUGGGCCGUCGUACCAAGCUGCAGUUCCUGCACGACGCCGUGCAGAGCCGUGACGACCUGCUCUACCGCGAGAUGACUCGCAAGCUGCGGCGGGCCGGUGGGAACGCGGGCAGCAGCGAAGGGGUGGAGCUCCUGUCCGUGGACACGCAGGCGGGGAACGAGCGCGCGCAGGGCCGCCUCGAUGCCGAGGCGGCGCGCCUCAUCCGCGAGGCGCUCUUCUGCCUGUACGACGAGCGCGACUGCCUCUACGAGUACGUGCCGGACAACAUGGUGUCCAUGCGGCGUAUCGUCAACACCGUGCCCAUCACCGUGCGCCUGCUGCAGCAGCAAGAGCGGAACUUCGGCGGCCCCACGCCGCGUCAGGCUGUGGCUUGGGUCGUGCUCGCCAAUCAGUGGCCGUGCCGCCUCAGCUGGGUGCUGCAGUGCCUGGAGGACCGGGAGCAGAGCGGGGGCGCGCCCGAGGCCCGCGCGCUCCUCUGGGACGUGUUCUGUGCUAACAGCCACGAGCUGCACACCAUGACUAAGGCGCUUCAGAACGUGCUGGCCCUGGACGGUGACCCCGAGCUUUUCGAGCGCUUCCUGGGCACUGACUUCCCCUUCACCGUGACCGAGGCGCAGAAACUGUUGCGCUGCACGGUCAACUUGGACCACUCCAUCCGCCGCCGCAUGGGCCUCAUCCGGGCUGUCAGUGCCCUCAAGACGCACAGCCCACCCAAGUCGCCUGAGGGCGACACCCACCACGCCUCCCACGGAGGCAACCAUGAGCCCAGGACGUCUGGGUCUGGCCACCCCGCAGGGCACACCCCUACAAAAGGCAGCGAGGCCCUCCAUCCCCGGGGCUGCGCGCACUGCGACAAGCCAAGACCCGUGGUCUGAGCACCGUUCACUCCCGGGGGAAUCCACCCGAGACGGGCCUUGAGUGGAGGACUCUGGGAACAGCAGGAGGCAACAGCUCCUCCGUCUGCCCAGAUGAGGAUAUACAGGGCCCAACUGGGCCCUAGGCCCAGGGUCCAGUGUCAGGAAUGAGUCCCAGGGGAAUCUGAGCCAGAGUGCUUUUAGCAGCAGCAGUGUGUCAGUGCCAGUGUCUGAGCUGGCGCUGAAAGACCAGUGAGGAACUCAGGGUCUAAGUGCAAUAAAUGAAGGUGUGAAAGCCAUG